CUUGCCAGGGUGGGGAGGGAGAGAUUUUUUCCUUGUCUUUCUCCUUCUCUUUUUUAUACUUCCUUCUUGGGCAAAAGGCUGGCGUAAUAGAAAACAGACACGAGUCAGAAUGUGAGGCAUUCACAGGAGAAAAAGUUCAGUUCCGUCCUCACUGUGUGGAUAAGUCAGGAGAGGAUAAACAGAAAAGGCUAAGUAGUCUAAUUAUACAGUGUUUGUUGUUUUUACUAUGUGGGGGAGAUCAUGUUGUUGUUAGCUAGUGUGUCACAGCGUCAGAUCAGGAUCAGGAUGGACCCUCCAUGCCAUCGGCACGGACUUGGCACGGGAUGGCUGUGAAAAUGUGGACAAAGUUAUGUCUGAACAGAGCGUGCAGUCCAACUUCUUCUCCAGAUCUAGUUGAAAAGCCUCUAUGACCACCAUGAGCUGGAGCUUUCUCACGCGUCUUCUGGAAGAGAUCCACAACCAUUCCACCUUUGUAGGGAAAGUGUGGCUCACGGUGCUCAUCAUAUUCCGCAUUGUGCUGACCGCCGUGGGGGGCGAGUCCAUCUACUCUGACGAGCAGACCAAGUUCACCUGUAACACCAAGCAGCCCGGUUGUGACAACGUGUGCUACGAUGCCUUCGCCCCACUCUCACAUGUCCGCUUCUGGGUUUUCCAGAUCAUCAUGAUCUCCACCCCCUCAGUAAUGUACCUGGGCUACGCCAUCCACAAGAUAGCCCGCACCUCCGAGUUGGAGCGCCGGAAGUUCCACCGCCGGAAGCUCAUUCAUGCUCAAAGGUGGACGGAUAGCCACCCGCUUGAGGAGGUGCGGGAGGAGAAUGAGGACAACGAUGCAGAGCCUAUGAUCUACCAGGAGGAGGUGGUGGAAGCCCAAGAAGUCAAGCCUGAGCCGGCCAAGCCGCAGAAACAUGACGGCCGCCGGCGGAUCAUGCAAGAGGGCCUGAUGAGAAUCUAUGUCCUUCAGCUACUGUCCCGGGCCGUGUUUGAGAUCGGCUUCCUGGCGGGCCAGUAUCUUCUCUACGGCUUCCGUGUUAAUUCAUCAUAUGUGUGCAAUAAGUUGCCCUGUCCCCACAAUGUAGACUGCUUUAUAUCUCGGCCGACGGAGAAGACCAUCUUCCUGCUCAUCAUGUAUGUCGUCAGCUGCCUCUGCCUGCUCCUCAACGUGUGUGAGAUGUUCCACUUGAGCAUUGGAACAUUCCGAGACACUCUCCGCAAGAGGAGGAAUCAGGAGGGUCGACGGCCCUCGUACAGCUACCCGUACUCCCAUAACAUCCCCGCCUCUCCCCCCGGGUACAACCUGGUCAUGAAGUCAGACAGGCCCAACCGGAUUAUCCCCAACAGUCUAAUUAUGCACCAUGAGCAGAACAUGGCCAACGAUGUCCAGGAACAUAACCAAGAGUGCACCAGUCCAGAUGACAACAUCCCCUCGGACCUAGCCAGUCUGCACCGCCACCUACGGGUGGCCCAGGAGCAGCUCGAAAUGGCCUUCCAGACCUACAACACCAACAAGAACCAGCCCACCUCGAGGACAAGUAGUCCUGGAAGCACCUUGGCAGAGCAAAUCAGGGUCAACACAACCCAGGAGAAACAAGGAGCCAGGCCGAAAUCAGCCACUACAGAGAAAGCUGGGACCGUUGUAAAAAAUGCAAAGAGUUCUGUAUGGAUUUAGGAAUGAUUAACUUCACGUGGUACAGUAAUCUUAGUGAAAAGUCAUUUUCAAUCUCCAGGUCCAUAUUCUGUGGAUAAUGGAAGAUGUGAAAUGAGACAAGAUAGGUAAAAGCUUUGGAGCGUGAAUCGAUUGCUCUGCCUGAAUAGAUUUAGCUUUGUCACAAGGAGAAACCAGCAGUGUGACGUGUCAGAUCAGGAGCACACAAAAUAGGCACGAUUUACAUGUGAUAUCAAAACAAUGGUAAACAAAAAAAGGAAAAACAAACAUGAAGAUAUCACUAAAUACAGUAGUAGUGUAUCCUAUUAUUAGGGUGUUUGUUUGUGCUUUAAAUAACAUAGCUUGAACAUAGUUAAUAUAUGCAUAUGUUGCUUAUUCAAACUUUUCUUAUUUUAGCUACUUACGAAUAUAGGGAGAUAUAAAAUGAACCAUGAUGGCAAUAUAUUUAGAAUUAUUUUUACUGGGAUUAUUAAUUUAACCUUGCUUUUGAACUGGAUUAAUUUGACAGAAUACGUUUAAUUUGUCUUUAAAACUAUAACAAUAGGCAAGUGUCUUUUUUAAAUGGUGGUCUAGUUAAAAGCAAUACAGUGGUAAGCACAUUUUAAUGGCACUACGAUUGAAUCCUGAUGAUGUUUAAGAAAAGGACGGUGAACCAAAUGUGAAAAGUAAUCUAGAAAUUCCUAACUGUUCAGAUUUGCACUUGGAACCUUUUAACUAAUUUUGAGUUGUAUUAAGACAUUUAGAAAAAUAUGCAUUCAGAAUUUAUUGAGGAAGAAAUGCUGGAUAUGUAUGGGUUAUGUUGAAAUAUAAGAUGUGAAAUCUUAUAGGACAAAUGGUGUUUUAUCAGCAGAGGUUUGAGCAACACUGUUCUCCAUAGAGUAAGAUUUUAUUUCACUCUAGUUUUCAAAGAGUUGUUGUAAGAUUACAUUUUUAUUUAGCAUUCUGCAGUGACAGAAAAAGGUAAGUAGGUUGUUGUUUUGAAAAUCUAAACGACCAAUUUCUGAUAAUUUCUGCUUUUUUGGUGGGGCAGAUAAUGAAUGAAUUGACUUUGUUACAUUUUAACACAUUGUACAUAUACAGUACAAUGCACAUAGUAGAAGAUGUACACUGAGUGAACAAGACAUAAGGACACUUGCCUAAUAUUGAGUUGCACCCAUUUGCUAAAUGACUAAAAUGUAUAAAUGUAAAUGUGUCGAAAGUGUUUCACAGGGAUGCUGGCCCAUGUUGACCCCUAUGCUUCCCACAGUCAUGUCAAUUUGGUCUUUGGGUGGUGGACCAUUCUUUAUACACACAGGAAACUGUUGAGCAUGAAAAAUCCAGCAGUGUUGCAGUUCUUGCCACAAACCGAUGCGCCUGGCCCCUACUACAGCACCCCAUUCGAAGGCACUUAAAUCUUUUGUCUGAGACACAUACACAAUAAUGUCGCAAUUGUCUCAAGACUUAAAAAUCCUUCUCCUCCCCUUCAUCUACAGUGGCUUGCGAAAGUAUUCACCCCUUGGCAUUUCCCACUUUGUGCCUUACAAUCUGGAAUGAAAAUGGAUUUUAUGGGGGUUUAUAUAAUUUGAUUUACGCAACAGCCCUACCACUUUGAAGAUGCAAAAUAUGUUUUAUUGUGAAACAAACAAGAAAUAAGACAAAAAAACAGAACUUGAGCGUGCAUAACUAUUCCCCCCCCCCCCCCCCAAAGUCAAUACUUUGUAGAGCCACCUUUUGCAGCAAUUACAGAUGCAAGUCUCUUGGGGUAUGUCUCUAUAAGCUUGGCAUAUCUAGCCACUGGGGUUUUUGCCCAUUCUUCAAGGCAAAACUAUGCAAGCUCCUUCAAGUUGGAUGGGUUCCGCUGGUAUACAGCAAUCUUUAAGUCAUACCACAGAUUCUCAAUUGGAUUGAGGUCUGGGCGUUGACUAGGCCAUUCCAAGACAUUUUAAAUAUUUCCCUUAAACCACUCAAGUGUUGCUUUAGCAGAAUGCCUCGGGUCAUUGUCCUGCUGGAAAGUGAACCUCCGUCCAAAUGUCAAAUCUCUGGAAGACUGAAACAUGUUUCCCUCAAUUCUGACCAGUUUCCCAGUCCCUGCCUAUGAAAAACAUCCCCACAGGGAUGGUGUUCUAGGGGUGAUGAGAGGUGUUGGGUUUGUGACAGACAUAGCGUUUUUCUUGAUGCCCAAAAAGCUCACUUUUAGUCUCAUCACAUGCCUUUUGGCAAACACCAAAUGCGUUUCCUUAUUUUUCUCUUUAAGCAAUUACUUUUUUUCUGGACACUCUUCUGUAAAGCUCUGUGGAGUGUAUGGCUUAAAGUGGUCCUAUGAACAGAUACUCCAAUCUCUGCUGUGGUGCUUUGCAGCUCCUUCGGGGUUUUAUUUAGUCUCUUUGUUGCCUCUCUGAUUAAUGCCCUCCUUGCCUGGUCUGUGAGUUUUGGUGGGCAGCCCUCUCUUGUUGUUGCGGUGCCAUAUUCUUUAAAUGUUUUAAUAUAUACUGAGAUCAUGUGACAGAUCAUGUGACACUUAUAUUGCACACAGGUGGACUUAAGUAAUUAUGUGACUUCUGAAGGUAAUUGGUUGCACCAGAUCUUAUUUAGGGGCUUCAUAGCAAAGGGGGUAAAAGGGGGUGAAUACAUAUGCACAUACCACUUUUCCAUUUAAAUUUGUAUUUUUAGAAACAAGCCAUUUUUUUCACUUCACUUCACCAAUUUGGACUAUUUGUCUAUGUCAAUUACAUGAAAUCCAAAUUAAAAUCCAGUUAAAUUACAGGUUGCAAUGCAACAAAAUAGGAAAUACGCCAAAGGGGAUGAAUACUUUUGCAAGGCACUGUACACUGAUUGAAGUGGAUUUAACAAGUGACAUCAAUAAGGGAUCAUAUAUUUCCCCUGGUUUCACCUGGUCAGCCUAUGUCAUGGAAAGAGCAGGUGUCCUUAAUGUUUUGUACACUCAGUGUAUAUCCUCAUAAGUUUAAGUUUAUAUAUUUUCUCAUAUUUAGGAAUCUGUCUUGAAAAAAGAAAGCAUUUUAUUAGUUUUUUACCACCCUUUUCUCCCCAAUUUCAUUAUUGUAUAUAUAUUUUAUUUUUAACCCACCUUCGGAGGACACAUCUUUUUCUAUUUUGACAACUUUUCUGCUACAUAUACAUACAUUUUACAUACACAUUUUGCAUACACAUUUUACAUACAUGGUACUUUUAUUUAAAGCAAUCACAUAUCAAUAAUACAUUACCAAACAUAAAUUAUUUCAUCCCACCCCUCAGCCACUCUCAGCCCAUUCCACCUAUCACAAUAGAACCCUCUUGUUUGGUUUCAUUGCUGCAACUCCCCAACGGGCUUGGGAGAGGCAAAGGUCAACUGAUGCGUCCUCCGAAACAUGACCUGCCAAGCCGCGCCUCAACACUUACUCACUUAACUCGGAAGCCAGCUGCAUCAAUGUGUCGGAGGAAACAUUUUUAGACUGACAACAGAAGUGAGUCUGCAAGCGCCUGGCCCCCCGAAAGGAGUCGCUAGAGCGCGAUGAGUCAAGUUAAGUCCCACUUUAUGGUCUUAAGUUUCAUCAGCUGUGUUGUACAAUAUGAUAUAAAACACAGGAAAUAUGGAAUUUUGACUGCACUGGGCCUUUAAAACUUUCAGAAGGCAGGUUUCCUUUUACCCAGAUUUAUUAGACAAAAGCAAUGUUGCAACUACAAAACACAAACAUUGCGACACAUUUAAUGGAAACGGCAGCCAUGGGAGAAAUGUUCGAAAGAUCGACAACAUUUUUAUCUGUUCGACAAGAGUGAAUUUUUAAAUGGGUGUCAUGACUCUCUUAUCAUAAGAGUAGGGGUGUUAACCAGCCAUAAAAUGAUGCAAUAUAUGUCACAACAGGUGUAAAUAUAUUGGUCAUGACAGUGUUAUGACCAUAUUACGCCAGGUUAUACACUGUUAUGACAUAUUAUGACAUGGUUAUGACCGUGUCAUAAUGUGUAAUGUCACUGGCUGUUAAGUAAAGUGUUACCCAAGUAUCACCAUCCAAUUUUUUUCUACAAGAUUGCAAUUUCUACCAUUGCAACGACUGUGGCGAUACGUUGGCAAAUCAGACUGAUUAGAAAUGGCAAAUAUUAGUCUAUUCUUGCACACUAUCCAUGCUGGGUUUUGCAGGCUACCUGAGACAUGAAACAGAUAGAUGGAAGGGCAUACAGGCAAUUUAUUAAUGCACAAUUUGCAUGGAAACACUUCAACCAUUUAAUUUGUGUUUGACACUCGGUCAAGGGUACUUUGUCUUGGUUUUCAGACAAUUGUUGCAUUUAUUUUUGAUGCAAACUUUCUAAAUGUCGACCAAAAAAAAUCUCUGGCCAAGUUGAUGGAAACAUAGCUAGUGUAAAUUAAUGAAGUUGUUUUCUGCGUUGUUUAUUGUCGAUACAUAAUUCUGCCUUUAGCAUUAUGAGACUCCAAAGUGCCUCAAAUGGUUAAGAUUGUUCCUGUGUUUUAUUUAAAAAAUAAUAAUAAACCUAGAUGAAAAUGC